AAAACUUUCGCCAAGGGUGGCUUUGUAUUCUGGAUUUUAAACCUGUCAUUCCAGCGAAAGCACGGUGGUAAGCUCAAUUAGGCGAUUUCACGCUGGCACAGCCUUACUUCAACAAACAACAAGGGAGCCUAUUGAAAACUUAAUAAUUUAGCUGAAAUAUGAAAAAAGUUACGAAGUCCAUUAAGCGGGAAAGUCCCAGAGAUGAGGAGUACACUUUGGAGGAGGACCCAAUCGAGUUCGAGUUGGAAAAGAUGGAGAGGGGCAGUUCCAAUGGGGAAAGCGACGAAGAAGGUCAGCGGGAUCAAAAGCAAGUGGACUCCAACAUCGACGAGAUGGACGAGCAAAACGACAAGGAACAGGAGGCAGCCAGGGAACAGGAUGCGGAAAGGCAGAACGACCUGCGCAAGAUGUAUGAACUAAGUCUCCUCCCGCCGGCGGCCAUAGCAGCCCAGAUCCAGCAACUGGAGAAGGAGAUCUACGAGCUGAGCCAGUGGGAAGCCAGGGAGCUCAUCCGGAGCAAACACCUGCGCGUCUUUGGCAACUGCCGUCGUCGCGCCAACAAGUGAAGAAGUGACAAAUCUGCUUACAGAACACUGUAUACUGCACUGUUGAUGACUUUGAUGGUAUCAAAUAAAGGGUCGUCA